GUUGUUAGUUACCCCCCGGGUUGUUGGUGUUUAUAUAUGUGCAGGCGCGCCUAGUGCAAGCUGCCACUUGCACUUGCGCACAAACACAAGGCCAAGAGCUUUGUCCAAGAUGGCAUUGUGCAUCGUCGUCCUGGUGCUCGCAUUGCCACUCUCGUUCUUGCUGACAAGGACCGUAUGGGUCACCGUCUCCUGCUACUUCCUCACGCCGGCGAGGAUCCGGAGAAUCCUGGCCGGCCAGGGCGUCCACGGUCCGUCGGCGCGCCUCCUCGUCGGCAACCUGCGCGACGUGUCCGCCCUCGUCGCCGAGGCCACCGCCGGCGACAUGGGCUCACUGAGCCACGACAUCGUCGGCCGCCUCUUGCCUCAUUAUGUCCGUUGGUCCAAGGUGUACGGGAGGCUGUUCGUGUACUGGUACGGGAGCGAGCCGCGGGUGUGCGUGACGGACGCGGGGAUGGUGCGGGAGCUGCUGUCGUCGAGGCACGCGCACGUCACCGGCAAGUCGUGGCUCCAACGGCAGGGCGCCAAGCACUUCAUCGGCCGCGGCCUGCUCAUGGCCAACGGCGCCACCUGGUCGCACCAGCGCCACGUCGUCGCGCCGGCCUUCAUGGCCGACAGGCUCAAGGGCAGGGUGGGGCACAUGGUGGACUGCACCCGGCAGACGGUGCGCGCGCUGCGGGAUGCGGUGGCGAGGGCCGGGAACGAGGUGGAGGUUGGCGCGCACAUGGCGAGGCUCGCCGGCGACAUCAUCGCGCGAACCGAGUUCGGCACGAGCUACAACACCGGCAAGCGCAUCUUCCACCUCAUCGAGGAGCUGCAGCGGCUCACCGCACGCUCCAGCCGCUACCUCUGGGUCCCCGGCAGUCAGUAUUUUCCAAGCAAAUACAGGCGGGAAAUAAAGCGGCUGAACGGGGAGCUUGAGCAGGUGCUCAAGGAGUCCAUCCAGCGCAGCCACGAGAUCACCGACGAGGGACGGACGCCGUCGUCUGCGUGCGGCAUGGGGCUCCUCCGGAUGCUCCUGGCUGAGAUGGAGAAGAAGAAGUCCGGCCAUGGAGAGCUGGGGUACGACGCUCAGAUGAUGAUCGACGAAUGCAAGACCUUCUUCUUCGCCGGCCACGAGACGUCGGCGCUGCUCCUCACCUGGGCCAUCAUGCUGCUCGCCACGAACCCGUCGUGGCAGGACAAGGCCCGAGCCGAGGUCGCGCACGUCUGCGGCGACGCCCCGCCCACCGCUGACAACCUCCCCAAGCUCACCGUCCUGCAGAUGGUGAUCAACGAGACGCUGCGGCUGUACCCGCCGGCGACACUGCUGCCGCGGAUGGCGUUCGAGGACAUCACGCUCGGCGCCGGCGCCGGCGAGCUGCGCGUGCCGAAGGGCGCGUCGGUGUGGAUCCCCGUGCUGGCCAUCCACCACGACGAGGCCGUGUGGGGCGCGGACGCUCACGAGUUCAGGCCGGACCGGUUCGCGCCCGGGCGCGCGCGGCCCUGGGCGGGGCGGUUCCUGCCGUUCGCGUCCGGACCGCGCAACUGCGUCGGGCAGGCGUACGCCAUGGUGGAGGCCAAGGUCGUCCUGGCCAUGCUGCUCGCGAGCUUCCGCUUUGGCAUCUCCGACGAGUACCGCCACGCGCCGGUGAACGUGCUCACGCUCCGGCCGCGCCACGGCGUGCCCGUGCGCCUGCUACCGCUGACGCGGCAGUAGACCUCGCGCUUAGGCUGCAUAAUUCGGACGGAGUUUGCUCCUGGCGUUCUUGGUUCUUUACAAUUUUGGGACAAUUUUUUUCUUUUUCUUUGAUUUUUGCUUGACUAGAGAGAAAAUUUUGUGCUUCGUUUCGAGAUGGAUGGUCUGAAAUAUAGAAAUAACGUAAUAUUUGGAGUCA